GACUGACGCCAAUGAGAAGCGCUCCUAAGGCAAUUGAUGGUUGAAAGAACCAAUCCCACUCCUCCAGGGCGGGAGCGCACGUAGAGCAGCUAGGUGGGCUUCGGGGUUGCAGCUGCUGCGGCUCCGCAGCUGCUCCGGCUCUGGGACCCUUAGAGUCCAUUCGCGUGCCUUCUAUUGAAGAGCAGGAACUGACGGUUGUUUUAGGCCUCUCAAUUCCAGAAAGUUUCCUGGGGACCUGUCCGGUCGGAAGGUCGAGGGACAGUUGUCUUGGUAUUUGAAAAGGGGGUAUCCAGUGAGGCGGAGCUUGAGGGGGUUGUGUCGAGUGACUGAUACAGCUGUCAACCAAUAAAGCUACUAUCGCUCGCCUCGGGAAAACCAUCACAACUCCAGCUGGAUGUGCGCAUAAUAGUGUAAUCACUCAUGAUUCUAUUUUGUUUAAUAAUUCGUUCUUGAGACUAGACGUCUCAAAAGCGAAGACUGGCACUCCUCAGUCUGCCACGGACGGCUCGCAGGCAGAUACUGAACAGAAGUACCCUUAUCAAGGAGGCGUCACCCCUGGGCAAGCCUAGCAUCAGUCCAUUGACACCCACAGUCACCAUGAUAGACGUUCUCCCAGACCAACAGCUUCCUUUGGCUCGAGGCGGGUCUUACGUGGAGGGCCUAUGGGAACUACGUCGGCUCAGCCAAUAGGGUCAGGGCAGGGGGCGUGGCGGGAAGUUUGAAACUGGUAACUUCGGGAGUUGAGCCACGAGCUGUUGUGCAUCCAGAGGUGGAAUUGGGGCCCGGUAAGUGAUUUGAAUAAUUUAAUAAAUAAGUUAGAGGGCUCAGCAGGCCCAGAACGAGCCAUUUUGUCAGCUGCAGCAGUCAUUAACUCCGCAGAGGCCUCUGGUCCCUCGCCAGGAAGUUUCUUCACUGGAAACUGGGAAGACAGGGUGGUUUAGGGUUGAAGGUCCGACGUGGAAGAGAUAAGGGCUGAGACCUGAGUCACUUCUCACAGGCAUUCCCUCCUCGUCCCGGGCUGGCCCUUGCCCCCACCCUGCAACUCCUGGUGGAGAUGGGCUCAGCCAAGAGCGUCCCAGUCACACCAGCGCCGCCUCCGCCGCACAACAAGCAUCUGGCUCGAGUGGCGGACCCCCGUUCACCUAGUGCUGGCAUCCUGCGCACUCCCAUCCAGGUGGAGAGCUCUCCACAGCCAGGCCUACCAGCAGGGGAGCAACUGGAGGGUCUUAAACAUGCCCAGGACUCAGAUCCCCGCUCUCCUACUCUUGGUAUUGCACGGACACCUAUGAAGACCAGCAGUGGAGACCCCCCAAGCCCACUGGUGAAACAGCUGAGUGAAGUAUUUGAAACUGAAGACUCUAAAUCAAAUCUUCCCCCAGAGCCUGUUCUGCCCCCAGAGGCACCUUUAUCUUCUGAAUUGGACUUGCCUCUGGGUACCCAGUUAUCUGCUGAGGAACAGAUGCCACCUUGGAACCAGACUGAGUUCCCCUCCAAACAGGUGUUUUCCAAGGAGGAAGCAAGACAGCCCACAGAAACCCCUGUGGCCAGCCAGAGCUCCGACAAGCCCUCAAGGGACCCUGAGACUCCCAGAUCUUCAGGUUCUAUGCGCAAUAGAUGGAAACCAAACAGCAGCAAGGUACUAGGGAGAUCCCCCCUCACCAUCCUGCAGGAUGACAACUCCCCUGGCACCCUGACACUACGACAGGGUAAGCGGCCUUCACCCCUAAGUGAAAAUGUUAGUGAACUAAAGGAAGGAGCCAUUCUUGGAACUGGACGACUUCUGAAAACUGGAGGACGAGCAUGGGAGCAAGGCCAGGACCAUGACAAGGAAAAUCAGCACUUUCCCUUGGUGGAGAGCUAGGCCCUGCAUGGCCCCAGCAAUGCAGUCACCCAGGGCCUGGUGAUAUCUGUGUCCUCUCACCCCUUCUUUCCCAGGGAUACUGAGGAAUGGCUUGUUUUCUUAGACUCCUCCUCAACUACCAAACUGGGACUCACAGCUUUAUUGGGCUUUCUUUGUGUCUUGUGUGUUUCUUUUAUAUUAAAGGAAGUAAUUUUAAAUGUUACUUUAAAAAGGUA